AAAAACAAACCUAUAUUAGUCAGUACUGAAAUUCGAACGUUAGAGAAACACAAACAGCAGAGGCAGAGAGAUGUCUUGUACCGUUGCGAUCAGUUCACCCGUCUUUUCUUCUUCUCCGUCGAGACUCUCCGUCUCCUCGUCCCUCCUCUGCAAAGCCGCCGCGGCGGAGGCCCUAACCCGAACUCUCUCCCCUUCCUCAGCCGCCGCAUCCUCGUUCUCGUCUUCUUCUUCUCCGUUAUCGCCGUUACGCGUUCACCGCCUCUCCAAGCCGCCGCCCAGUGGAUUAAUCCAAACUUCUUCUGAUUCUUCGCCUUCCUCCUCCACUUCGCCCACGGAUUUGAAGCGCAAACGGCCGGCGAGGUUGAAUAUUCCAAUUGUUCCGAUGAGCUUCGGGAAUAUCAUUCCGGCUACGCCAUCGUCUGUUAUGGAAGAUCUGGUAGAGUUUGAGGGAGAUAGCUACUCGGUGUGUUGUAAGCGUGGCAGGAGAGGAGGAGCUAUGGAAGAUCGCUACUCCGCUAUGCUCAACCUUCAUGGAGAUUCUAAACAGGCUAUUUUUGGAGUGUUUGAUGGGCACGGAGGAGCGAAAGCUGCGGAGUAUGCGGCACAAAACUUGAGUAAGAAGAUAUUGGAUGAGAUAGAAAAGAGCGAGAAUGAUGAGGAAAUUAAGGAGGCGGUGAAACAUGGUUACCUGAAAACAGACAGUGAAUUCCUGGAACAAGAUGUACGAGGUGGAUCUUGCUGCGUUACAGCGUUGAUCAGGAACGGCAACCUAGUUGUAUCGAACGCCGGAGAUUGUCGAGCUGUGUUGAGCAGAGGCGGAGUUGCGGAGGCGCUCACUUCCGAUCAUCGGCCUUCAAGGCCCGAUGAAAAGGAUCGAAUUGAGGCAUUGGGUGGUUUUGUAGACUGUGGUCGCGGAGGAGUUUGGAGAAUCCAAGGAUCUCUGGCAGUCUCCAGAGGAAUCGGAGACCGGUCUCUCAAACAAUGGAUAAGCGCAGAACCAGAAACAAGGAUCCUCACCCUUGAUUCUCAACUGGACUUCUUGAUUCUUGCAUCUGAUGGCUUAUGGGAUAAGGUCAGUACACAGGAAGCAGUGGAUGUUGCUCGAGCUUUCUGUAAUAACGGCGUCGAUAAGCCCCAACUCUUGUCGGGCUGCAAGAAACUCAUUGAUCUUUCUGUUUCCCGAGGUUCCAUUGAUGACGUGAGUGUGAUGCUAAUUCCAUUGGGGAAAUUUUGUUGAUAGACAGACAGACAACCUAGGACGAUUAUUCUCAGUUUUCUCAACAUGGACGACGAUGAUUCAACUUGGCUUCUGAUUUCAUCAUUCUUUACAAAUUCUUUUAUUUAUUAUGUAAAUUGACUAGCGUCUUCAUUCUUGUACGUACUUUUAUUAUAUAUAUUUAGAUUUAGAUUAACUUCCUUUUACACAUGGUGGACAUAAUUGACUUCGAAUUCUGGGCGGUGAA